AUGUCUGCUGAAAAGUGUCUCGCUAAAGGUAGUGCUGCACCUGGCCCAGUCCCUAAAGGGUACAUCAGAGUUUACAGCAUGAGGUUCUGCCCUUUUGCCCAGAGGGCCAGAUUAGUGCUGAAAGCCAAAGGAAUCAAGCAUGAAAUCAUAAAUGUCCAUCUGGCAGACAAGCCGUGGUACCUUAAAAAGAAUCCAUUUGGGAUUGUCCCGACACUGGAGACACCUGCUGGUGAGGUGAUAUAUGAGUCACUGAUCACCUGUGAAUACUUGGAUGAAGUUUACCCUGAAAAGCAGCUGCUUCCUUCUUCUCCUUUUGCUAAAGCUCAGCAAAGAAUGAUGCUGGAGUAUUUUUCCACAAUGAUAGGAUAUUUUUACAGGAUCCCAUCAGGGAGAAAGAAUGGUCAGGAUGUCUCAGGACUGGAAGCUGAACUGAAAGAAAAGCUUUCCAAAUUGAACGAGGACCUCGUUAACAAGAAGACCAAGUUUUUUGGUGGUGAUUACAUAACAAUGAUUGACUACAUGAUGUGGCCGUGGUUUGAGAGACUGGAGGUCUUUGAGCUGCAACAGUAG